AUGCCUGGCACUGGUAUGCAGCAAGGAGAGGUCACGUAUGGCUUACACGUGACCUCGUCAAGCAAGGACUAUAUAGACCGCGUCAGGGCCUCAUUAAGACAGAUAGACACAACAGAACACAGAACCCAAGAAUCACCUAUUGAGAUUGACUCAAGUGCUUCUAAGACCCUUGGAUGCGGAGGUUCGACAUCGGAUCCUGACAAAUUACUCACUUGUAUGCGAUCAAAGGACUUGCAAGAUAUCCGGAAUGCAAUACCAGUUAGCAGGGGAAUCGCAAGCGUUACGGGCCUCUUCGAUCCUACCAUUGACAACAUCACCGCUUCGGCGAUUAUGUUGCAGGCUCUGCUUGCCACCAGGAACUUCAUCCCACGACCACUAGUUUUGGGGAGUAAUAACCACGAAAGAGGACUUCCGCCCAAUUUUCGACACGAGAAUGUAACAUUCACCGAAGCUCAGUGGGAUUACCUAUAUAUUGUCAUUUAUACGUGCCCUACAAGUUACCGUGCCGCAGCUUCUGUGAGCAAUAACGUUCCCACAUGGCGAUAUAGAUACUUUGGCGAAUUUCCUAACCUGUUGGAUGCGAGGAUGCAGUCGAGAUCCGGAUAA